GCUCAGACUGCGCGCGGCGCACAGACGCACCUGACCUCGUGGAUUUUACUGCACUCUUAUUCGUUCACCCGUUUUUGUUUUCUUUUGCUUUAUUUUUGCUUUGCAUGUUGGUUCGUUUGUUGGUUCUUGACACGCUGCUGGGAAUUGUCUCUUACUUUUUUCUUUGGUUACUUUCCACCCGAGUACCGCCGGUGAUGGUGCUGUGAGCGCGCGCGCGCGUGCCGAACUGCCUACGCGCACGUUUUCUAAAGGAUUCAAAGAGCUGGAUUUGUGCUCGGUGAGGACAACAUGCCUCAGACACCACCAUUCACAGGACAGGUGGGAACCGGCAGCUACAACAAGAACCUGUACCAGACCAAGGACGAAGGCUUCGCUGGCCUCUAUUACCAUGACAACAACCUGGUGUCAGGUUCUCUGGAGGCCCUCAUUCACCACUUAGUCCCGACUGUGGACUACUAUCCAGAUAGGACGUACAUCUUCACAUUCCUGCUCAGCUCUCGUCUCUUCAUCCAUCCGUACGAGCUCAUGUCCAAAGUGUGUCAACUCUGCAUGGACCAGCAACGACUCAGUGACCCCCACGCUGACAAGAUGAGAAUCAAGAAGAUCACCCCAAAGGUCCUGCAGCUGCUGACAGAAUGGACAGAAACAUUCCCGUAUGACUUCAGACAUGAGAGGAUGAUGUGCAGCCUGAAGGAGCUGACCCACCGGCUGGCCAGUGGAGAUGAGGUUUACAGAAAAACGGUCACCCAAAUGAGCCAGGGGCUAAUCAGGAGGUUGACUGUUCUAAGCCAGUAUGAGGAGGCGCUAGUCAAGAUUAAUGCCACAGCAGUUGAGCGGCUGACGGCUCUUAAGGCUAAACCCCAGGCAACCAUCCAGAGGGACUUGCUUUCUCUCUGCAAUGACCCAUUCACUGUUGCCCAGCAGCUGACCCACAUAGAGCUGGAACGACUGAGUUACAUUGGACCUGAAGAAUUUGUGCAAGCUUUCGUGCAGAAAGACCCUCUGAACAACAGUAAGAGCUGCUUCAGUGGCCAUAAGAAGGCGAACAACCUGGAGGCGUACGUGGAAUGGUUCAACAGGCUUAGUUAUCUGGUGGCAACAGAAAUCUGCAUGCCUGUGAAGAAGAAGCAUCGAGCCCGAAUCAUAGAGUUCUUUAUCGACGUGGCACGUGAAUGUUUCAACAUUGGAAACUUUAACUCCCUCAUGGCCAUCAUAUCUGGGAUGAACAUGAGCCCCGUUUCCCGACUGAAGAAGACCUGGAGCAAAGUCAAAACAGCAAAGUUUGACAUCUUAGAACAUCAGAUGGAUCCUUCCAGUAACUUCUACAACUACAGAACAGCUCUGAGAGGAGCCACACAGCGGUCCAUCACCGCCCACAGCAGCAGAGAGAAGAUUGUCAUCCCUUUCUUCAGCCUGCUGAUCAAAGACAUUUACUUCCUGAACGAGGGAUGUGCCAACAGGCUGCAGAACGGACACGUCAACUUUGAGAAAUUCUGGGAACUGGCCAAACAAGUGAGCGAGUUCAUGACCUGGAAGAAAGUGGAGUGUCCAUUUGAGAAAGAUCGCAAGAUCCUGCAGUAUCUGCUGACGGCUCCGGUGUUCAGCGAAGAUGCGCUGUAUCUGGCAUCGUACGACAGCGAAGGUCCCGAGAACAACAUGGAGAAGGACCGCUGGAAGUCCCUCAGAUCCUCUUUGCUAAGCAGAGUCUAAACCCCGGACAAAGACGAAGCAGUCGACAUCCGAACGAAGUAUCCUGACCUUCAUGGGAACUGACAAUCUCAGUUUGCCUGGAUGCCGUUUUUUGCACCUCCAGCCGCAGAUUUCUACGAAGCGCUACUUUUCUGAUUCUCAUUGUCCUACGUGUUGUCAGGACAGACCGCUGGUUUUCUUUUUCACCUCUUUGUAUGAAUUUUUAUUCAGAUUAUCAGGGCAUGUUUUUGAUGUCCUGAUCGUCUCCUGGGAGCCAGGCGGUCUUGGACUGUGGGGGGUUUUUGGCUCCCUGCAGGUAUUUUCCACUGAAGCUCAACGUUAGCUGCUGGUUGGUUAACGCGGCCCAAAUGGUUGGAACAGAAACAUUUCUCACUGUGGUUCCACAAACCAGCAGUUCUCCUUCUGGAGAACUUAAACCUCCUCCACACAGUGUGUACUUUCUGAUUUCUCUUCGUCUUCAAAUUUCACUUUCUAUUGUCUUUUUUUCUUGUCAUGUACGACAAAAUGUGCAGGCUGCAUUUUGAAGAUAUGAUUAAGAUUUGGAAAUGCUCUUGUUUCUGAGCGCCAUCUGGAAGAUGGCGAUCCUGUUUAAUGAACCUCUGAAUGCAGAACCUCAGGCUUCACACACAACAGGUAGGUUCCAGUGCUGGGUUCAGGAACUAAUAAAACUAGUUCCUGUUGUGGGAACUGUGUUCAUAUCCAGUGUCUGUUCAGUGUUUCCAGAAGGAACCAUUUAAAGAACUUUUCUGGUGGAGAAGCUCCAGUUUUUGGAGAACUGUUUGAAUUAGCAGCUCUGUGUAACGUGAUUCUAGGCCUAAAGGUUACUAAAAUAAACGCCGGCUGUUCUGUUACAUAAAAAGAACUCUGCUGAUAAAUAUGAUGACAAUUUUGUCAUCUUUAAGUUAAAUUACUAAACUUUCAGACCUUAUUCUACCUCCUCUCCAUCCUGAGCUUAGACGUCAGUGUGGUUGUACUGCCCCCUGGUGGUUCAGUGAAUGGAUUGUUUGUGAGGAUUAAUAAUGUGAAGAGAAUUUAUGUUUUGACCCUAAACAUGCUAAAUGUUAUUUUGACAUUGUAAUGCAGUUUUGUUUUUUGCCAUAUUUUAUUUAUAAGCCACUGUGUGUUGUCGUCAUGCCAACAUUUAUUUAAUUUUGUACAAGGUACACAACGUCCUGAAUUAGUCCUCAGAUAGUUUACCUGUUGUUGUUGUUAUUACUUUUUAAAUAGAUUUAUUUUUAAAUGUUUGAGGUGGAAAUAUGAUGUCAGAAGUGUUGGACCGAUGUCUGCUCACCGUCACAUGUCGUUUUUAUUGUUUACGUUUGUGUUCAGUUACAAUCCAAUAGAGAAAUUUAGAACUGCAUUAGUUGUGAAAGAGAAUAUUAAAAA